AUGGCAAAAAACCUGCGUGCCCUCGUUCCGAUUUUUCUUUUGGCCUGUGCGGGGGCUUUGCGUUCCGUUGCUGCCGAUCCGAAAAUGGAGGAGGUGCAGCUCGAGGACGCUGCAAAAGAACCGAAGUACAACAAGGUGGAGGAGGUGCAGCUCGAGGACGACGGAAAACCGCAAUCGAUGUUAUCGGAGGGACUGCUGGAUAAGAAUAACAUUAAGCCCGCUGAGAACGCGGAUACAGUUGCCAGCAUGGUAGAUGCUUCGGACGUCGAGCACUUGCAGAACACUGAGCCUGUCGGGUCGUCCACUCCUGUCGUGUCUUUUCAUCAAACAGGCACGUCGAAGCUUGGCCUGAAGAAGGGCACGAGCUUCCUCGAACAAGAAGAUGAGAAGGGAGAGGAUACUACGUCCCGCCAGCAGGUCUCGUCGUUUGAGCAAGGUGGAGUGCGGUAUGUGACGUCUACGCGCGGGGGAGAAACGGUGUCGAUAGUUGUCAAGGGCGUGGUCUCCACGAGUUCUACUCCGGGGCAGCAAGGGCUGCAGCUGACGAAGAGUGUCUCCUCGUCAGGGUUCUCUAAUCGUAACCUGGAUGAACUUGAAGGAGCAGCACAGGACCCCCCCGAAGAUGAUUGCAAAAAGUACGACUGCAAUGCGGAUUACCAAUUUGUCGUUACGAAGGAUGACUGCGCGGCGAAGUAUGACCACGACCUGAAAAAUUGCUCUUCCCGCGGCUUCUGGCCUAUUAUCACGUACAACAAAGGUAUGACCGUGCACAACUCCCCCUGCUCCCCCUCAUUUGUAAUGCAAAAGCCUAAAUCCAUUUGCUUCCCUGUGGCACUGUAUGCAUGAGAGAUUCCGGAAGUCCAAACAGUACUAGCACACUAGGCACAUGAACUUGUCAUGCACCGGCUCCACGUGUGCUCGUGUUUGUAUUGCUGUUCGCGCAGUUGUACAAAUGAGGGGGAGGGGGGGUUGUGCACUGUCAUAAAAGGGGACUACGUGUGGUACAUCACGCGCGGGGGGAUGGAUUUCGACACGAUAGACUGGAAGGAAGCCACCCAGUGCUGCGGGCCCAGCUUCACCGGAAUGCGGACAGGGUCCGCGGAUGCGCAGCCUUGCCGGUGCAAUUCACGUUCCAAAAAACCGGACGAGCUGCACUGUAGCGCUUUUGACCCCGGAUAUAGUGCAGCCGCGACUGAAGACCUUGAACCGGAGUUUAACGCUGCACGCCAGCGUUUCUACGGCGAUUACCAUCCGGACGGCAAAUGGAUUUCGAAACAGU